AUGGCAAACACUAACAAAUUUCACAAAAAUGGGGAGUUUGUAAUAGUAACAACACUAAUUAUACUGCUGGUAAUUACAAACAUAUCUCUAUUCAAGACAAGUUAUUUUUUUCAUACACUAAUAUGUUCAGUAUCUUCUUUAUUGACUUACGUAGCUUGUAGUAAAUUAAUUCCAACAUUUGGAGAAAAGCUUCUAGAGAAUGGACUUUUUGGAAUAGAUAUAAACAAAAAAAGUAACAAUUUAAAUAGUAAAGAGAAGGAAGCAAAUAUAAGUGAACUUGUAAUAAUUGAUAAGAAAGAUAAUAUAGAAAAGAAGAUACCAGAAUCAUUAGGUAUAGUACCAGCAAGCAUGUUUAUGAUCACAGCAAUUUGUAAUCAGAUUCUGUUCAGUAAUGAUCCAGUUAAGCUUUUGGAGUAUAAUUCUGGACUGCUUUCAAUUUGUAUGAUGAUAUUUCUUGGAUUUGUGGAUGAUGUUUUGAAUUUAAAGUGGAGAUAUAAAAUGGUACUACCAGUAUUUGCAGCUUUACCAACUUUAGUUUCUUAUAACGGUGGGACACAAAUAAUUGUGCCUCUAUUUUUAACGGGUGGAGACUACUCAUCAAGGAUUUUGAUUGAUUUGGGAUACUUUUAUUACCUUUAUAUGUUAUGCUUAACAGUAUUUUGUACAAAUUCCAUCAAUAUUUAUGCAGGAGUAAAUGGAUUAGAGGUUGGACAAUCAAUAAUUAUCUCAGCUUCUAUAAUAGUGUAUAAUAUAAUUGAGAUGCUUACAAUACUUCCAAAUUGGCAAUUCAGUUUCAGAUCAAAUCACCACUUCUUUUCAAUUUUACUUUUACUUCCCUUUACAGCUUCAAGUCUCUCACUAUUUCACUUUAAUAGGUAUCCUUCUUUGGUAUUUGUUGGGGAUACUUAUACUUAUUUUGCAGGAGCCUGUUUUGCAAUUGUUAGUAUAUUGGGACAUUUUUCAAAGACUCUUCUCCUUUUCUUCCUACCACAAAUUCUUAACUUUAUAAUUUCAACCCCUCAACUUUUUGGAAUAGUUUAUUGUCCAAGACACAGAGUUCCAAAAUUUAAUGAGAAGACGGGAAAACUGGAAUCUUCUAAGAAUCUGACUCUGCUUAACCUAGUUUUGGAAAUAACUGGUCCUUUAACAGAGAAACAGCUGGUUUAUUGUUUAUUGAUAAUCCAGACGACAUUCUUAUGUCUUAAACUCAAUCCAAGACAAGGAAUAGAUGUUACUCUUCCCUGCCUUGGUCGUGCUUGGCCGGUUAACCCGUCUCGCAAGCUUAUAUUUGAGUCACUAGGACUUUUAUGCAUCAUUUUACAUAUCUCCAAUUUAAUUUGCUAUGAUUAG